UGAUUUCCCGUAUAAAAGAUGGGAGACGCUCAGACGUUCGCUCGCAAUACAGGAAGGAAGCUGUAUCAGAUAGUUUAUGCAUUGCACGGUUUUGGAAUCGGUCGCAAGGUAACACGGACGAUAUGGAAGAAGUCCCCCGAUGAUAAUGUUGCAUCGUUCUGGACGAUCACCAAGAUCCGACCAUACAGAGAUUUGAGAAGAAUAAGAGCAUGGGGAAUCCUCACGUGGCAGGGAGUACCAAACCCUCAAGAAAAGAAAAUACGAAGAUGUCUGAAGAGGCAGUGGAUUCUUCUUGAAAGAGAUUUUAUGGUUAAAACUAAUGAUAAAAUAGAAUGUAAACAAACAGAGUCAGAAGUUUAAAGUUACACUCUGUGCCAUUUUCUCUUCUUUAAAAUUAAGCUUUGUUCACCAGUUUGAUCAUUGUCAUACAGACUAGACUGUUUAUUGUUUUUGAUCCAU